CCUGAGACCAAACAUCGUAAGCACACAAACAUGGCGGAAGUGUCGAAGGUGUGGGAUAAUUCCGCGAAAAAAGGGACCAAAUUACGUUGAUCUAAUCACUUAUUCUUACUCAAAGCCCGACAAGAUAUUUAUCAAAGUGUUCUGUGGCGUUUUCCAUUAUUUCGGUGCAAGUAGGGUUUGUUAUUUUCAGACAAAGUACUAAAAUUUGACAAGUCAUCGAAGAAGCAGAGGACGAAAACAACUAAUUUCCUGACUUUUUGUAUAGUUCCAUCCUCAUUUAUUUGAGUAAUCUUUGGUGUUUCUCAUCGAAACUAAGAUGAUUCAAAGGCAAUCGGUGCUGCUGGCACUAUGUAUCGUAUGCUCGUCAGCCGUAAAGAGUGCUUUUGGUCAGUGCAGGGACCCUGGUACACCAACUCACGGCCAGAGGUCCAUUUCCCCAGCUGGGCAGGAACCCUUCCCUUCUGGAACACUGAUCCGCUUCACAUGUGACAGCAAUUACCAACUGUCUGGUGCUAGAAAAAUCCAAUGUGAAUCUAAUGGAGAGUGGAGUUCUAAAAUGCCAUCAUGUCAUGCUCAGCUUUGCCCACCCCAAGCACCUAAAAUUCCCUACAGCACGUUGCUGACGGCAUUCACCCCUGGGGUGACCAACCAGAUUGGUAGUAUUCUAGAAUAUGCUUGUAAUGGGGGCUUCACUGCACAUGGAACACCAACAUACUUGUGUGACAAGGAUGGUGUCUGGAAAGGGAACUUUGUAUGUGAAGUUGUAAAAUGCCCUCCUCCAUUUGUUCCUGACAAUGGAAAUGUCAGCUAUACUUCCAGGAUGUUUAAUAGCAUAGCACAUUACAAGUGUGGUGCAGGUUUUUACCUGUAUGGAAGAAGUAACAGUUCUUGUACUCAGCAAGGAACAUGGACACCUGCUCCUCGCUGCUUGGUCAUCUGCGAUGAGCCAGGAGAUCUAGAACAUGGCACCAUCUACACUCACCCACCUCCACAGAUGCCGUAUGUGACCGAGCUUGUGAUGUACACUUUUCUAACCUUCAGAUGUGAUCCACGCUACUCCCUGCAUGGGUCUGAGAAGAGAGUGUGUAUGCCUUCAGGUCGAUGGUCUGUAGACCAACCUAUUUGUGUGGUCAGCUCCUGUGGAUCACCUGGUGAUUUCUCACAGAAUGGUCAGAUGACCUACAGCAGAUCCCCGCCCACUAUUGGCACCAUUGUCCGCUUUAGAUGUCACCAUGGUUACAGACUAGUGGGUACACAGACCCGGACUUGUCUGCCUAGUGGUCACUGGACCAGCACUAGAAACCCUACUUGCACUGAAAUCUUUUGUGAGGAGCCAGAUAUCCAAAAUGGUUACCAUGACAAUAAAGAAAUCUCUGGAAUAUAUAAACAUGGCACAACAAUCAACUAUCAGUGCAAUCAUAAGUUCUACUUGUGGGGUAAUAAAUCUCGGCAAUGCAGCUCCCAAAACGGUGUGGCCUUCUGGACAGGUGUGCCCCCUCUUUGCCUCACUCUGGUGCAGUUUGAUAAGAGGUGUCAUGAAGCAGGCGGGAAGUUUGUCAUGAAAACAAAUACCCCAGAUUGCAUUGUAGAAGUAACUUUACCACCCACACUUAGCUCACGGACAAGAAUAAAUAGCAACGAACUUGACACGCUUACCAUUGUUACAGCCAGUGCCGGCUCCACCCUUGGGGCCCUAGUCAUUCUUUUGAGCAUACUUAUAUUUGUCCGAAGAUGCCACCGCAGCCGUCGAUACAGGAACAGUACAAGACGUAGCUUCUACAGUGAGGAUGACAGAUUAACUCUGAUUGCUACAUACUCGGGUGAUGUACAUUUUCAGUUACCUUCGUAUGACGAAGCAAUGAGCCAAGUCGAGAGAGCCCCACCUCCAUUUGAAUUAGUCAUUUCUGAGGUAACCAAUAAUAACCCAACUGCAGAGAUAAGAGAUGAUGUUGUUGAUAGCGCAGUGGUGGCAAGCUCAGAAGAGGUGCCUAUAACUGAGGGAAGCUUGCCUGACAGUGAAGAACAAAUCAAUAUAGUGAGCAAUCCACUGGCAGAACAUGGUCCUUCUCAGGGGGAGGAACAACAAGGAAAUUUUAAUUAUGGGUACAGUGAUGAUACCCCACCCUCUCCUCCCUCUGUCAGCGCCAGAGGCAGCAUAUCAGACGAGGAGCAAUCCACUAACGAGGCACGCCCAUUAAUUAACUCUGUAUGAGAGAAUUGUUACACUUGUCAAUGUGCAAGUUAAUUUAUGCUGUACAAAUGCAUCAAUUUCAUGUUGAACUCUCUAAUUUCUUCUUUUUUAAACAGAGAUCAACUUUAAACUGGAAAAAAAACCUAUUAAGUGGAAACAUCUUAGGGUCCUGGCCCCGUAUGCAGUUCUGCUCAAGGUUAAACCAAUCAGCUAUCGAGCUAUGAUUUGGGAUUUGCACGGCGCAGAUCUGCGCGGUUUGAGCCAAUCAGACGUUCAGAGGUUUUGUUUUACCUUUUGUUUGAGAAUUAACAAAGGCUUUGACCUCUGUUGACAUGUAAUAACCAGAUAUUUAUGUCAUACAGAGUAGUCUGGUUAUUGUAUGUCAACACCUCCUUGAUGUCACCGAGAUCCAUAACCUCUGAUUGGCUCAAACCGUGCAGAUCUGCGCCGUGCAAACCCCAAAUCAUAGCUCGAUAGCUGAUUGGUUUAACCUUGAGCAGAACUGCGUACGGGGCCAGGACCCUAAGAUGUUUCCACUUAAUAGGGUUUUUUUCCAGUUUAGAGUUGAUCUCUGUUUUUAAUGGUUGGAUCUGCAAAGUAGUCAAUGGGUGGGCCAUACUUCAUGUGGCCUUUCUCUGGAAUGCAGAUGAAAAAUUCACCUGAAAAGGUAUCCUCCAUAUGUUGUUGGCAAAGUGCAAAGUUUAGAAUUGCUUGUUUUUUUUUUUCACACCCAUCAUCCCCCCUUUCACACGCACACACAAUUGUACUGUUUUGCAUGCCACAGCCCUCCAGACUUGUGCAUGAAGUAUUCCAGGCACCCAGCAGACACCAUCUUUCCCAUCAUAGUUGCUAUAAAGAUUAGCAUAUUCAGCCCUUAAAUCUUUUAAGAUUAAUAAAGUUGUCAAUUCAAACUCUAACCACAAUCUGAAAAAAGGCACAAUUGAAAAUAAUGUGUACAUAUUUUGUAAACAAAUGUUUCUUUAUAUAAAAAAAAAGACGCCAGGGGACAGAAGGAAAAAUGGCAAAGUCCAAUUUGUAAGCUUAUAUUCGCUUGUUUUUUUGCAUAUAUAUGUUCCUUGUGUAAUAAAAACCCCAAAUAAGCUUUAGUAUUUUUGGUAGAUAAUCCGUUCUAGAGUGCAAAUUAUAAGACUCUUGAUUUUUCUGAAAUUGACUGAUUUGGAAGAAAUUGCUUAUGGCAACUUUGAAAUUGAUUUAUGGCAACUUUAACCAUAGCUUAUUUUGUUUUAUAUUAUGCAAGGAACAAAUAUUAGCUAACACAUCCGUACAAUUUAAAUUUUGCCAUUAUUUGUUCCUGUCAAGACAGGGUAAAAUAGCAUUACCAAGAUUAGAAUAAAUUCUAUAGAAAAUUAUGUUUAUAGAAAGGCCACGAAAAAGCUUGAGCUGUAUUGUUGUUAUGUUAUUGGUGAAGUACAGUUUUGUAUCAAAAUAAAUAAAUAGAUCUAAAAUA